AUGGCAUCACCAGAGAAAACAAUUGCCUUCAUAGGCUUGGGUGUCAUGGGCUAUCCCAUGGCCCUUAAUCUUCGCAAAAAAAUCGGGUCGGAGUACACAAUUUUGAUAUGCGAUGUCGUCCAAGAUGCGCUACAGAGGUUUCAAGACGAGACCAAGAAUACCGGACAAGUCAAGACGGUACAGACGGGAUUUGAAGCCGUCCAAGCGGCUGACCUGAUUAUCACAAUGUUACCCAGCUCACCUGCGGUACGAAGUGUGUAUCUGGAUGAGAAAACAGGUAUAUUGGCUGGUGUUAAAGAUGCCUCGUUGAAAAAUCUUACUGGUCACAAAAUAAUCAUGGAAUGCGGUACGAUCGAAACCGCGACGAUUCUUAAUGUCGCCAAAGCGACGCGCCAGACCGCGUUAUCACUACCGUCUUCCUGGAAAUUAGCAUUCGUAGAUGCUCCUGUUUCUGGCGGUCCCAUGGGCGCGCAGGCAGGAACAUUGACGUUCAUGGUUGGAGCCGACAGUGCGACUAACACGGACGGACAAGUCUUUGCGCGCGUCAAAGCAGCCUUGUCCCAUAUGGGUAAGCCCUCAAAUGUGUUCUUGUGUGGCGAUGUCGGGGCGGGGACGGCGUUCAAGAUCAUCAACAACUACCUAUCGGCAAUCACCAGCCUCGCAGCCUCGGAAGCGCUCAAUAUUGGCGUGAAAAUGGGCCUGGACCCGAAGCUGCUUACAGACGUGAUCAACACAAGUGGCGGACAAUGUUGGGUGACCUCGCACAGCAAUCCUGUGCCAGGAGUGCAUCCCAAUGCACCCGCUAGUCGGGACUACGAGGGCGGGUUUCGCAUCGAGCUCUGCAAAAAGGUUCUCGCGAUGGGCUCGGAAUUGGCGGAAAUGGUGGGCGCGCGAACGAUUUUGGACAAACCGACAUUAGACGCUUUUGAGGAAGCAGCUAAUGAUGCGCGAUACCAAGGCAAGGAUGCAAGGGUAGUGUUUAAGUGGCUGAACGAGCACGAGAAGAAGGAUUAG